GUAUCUCCGACACCUGUCCCUUUAUGACAUCUAAUAUGGGGAGUACAUUUAUUAUCAGUUUUUGCAGUGCCUUACCGCUGGCAGUACUGAUCAUGGGACAAUCCUCCAAGGCAGUGCCUAUGGAUUUUAAACAAUCUACAAAUAAAACUGCAAAAAUUGUCAUUAUCGGAGCUGGGAUAGCUGGAGUGGGGGCUGCUGGAAAACUGCUGAAGGAAGGGUUCACUGACCUACUGGUUGUUGAGGCAGCAGAUCAGCCAGGUGGACGGAUCAGAAGCUCUCCCUUUGGCAAAUCAUUCAUCAUUGAGGGAGCCCAGUACAUUCAUGGAGCAAGCAUGAAGAAUCCUAUUUUUCAACUGGCCAGAAAAUAUGGCCUUCUUCAAGGACAAAAUAACUCUACCCCUGAAUGUACGGUGUUCACCAGCAUGCAGGAACAGCUAGAUUCUGACUUCAUUGAACAAAUGACAAAUCUAUCUAGAUAUAUACUUUGGCGUUCUUACCUUCAUUCUCAACAAAAAGGUUACACACCAUCUAAAAGUAUUGGUGAUGUCAUCUUGGAAGAAAUAAAGAAGGUCAUUGCAAACUGGACCAGUGACUCUACUCGGCUCAGGCACCAAAAGCUCGGCCUGCUUAAUAUGAUAAUGAAGGAAGAAUGUGUAAAUGAUGCAGCACAAAACCUCCAUGAUGUGUCACUGCAGGAAUUAAGUAAUUAUGAAUAUAUUGAAGGUGGUGACAGAAAUUCUCCACAAGUAUUCCUCAAGUUGAUUUCAAACAUGGUAGAAGUCAUCCCCAAAGAGAAACUACUGCUGAAGAAACCUGUUAAACAGAUCCUGUGGAAUGGAAGUUUUGCAUCAGAGGAUGGAUCUCAGUAUCCUGUCAGAGUGAUGUGUGAAGAUGGAGAUUACCUUCUAGCUGAUCACACCAUAGCGACAGUUUCAUUAGGUCAUCUGAAAGCAGAGGCCAAGACCUUGUUUCAUCCACACCUUCCAGUUGAGAAAUAUCAUGCAAUCAAAAACAUAGGAUUUGGUACAGUUAAUAAGAUUUACCUGGAGUAUGAGGUUCCGUUCUGGGACAAAGGUGUUGGUACAGACUAUUGUAUAGGAUUAGUUUGGGAGGAUGAAACUCCAUUUUCAGUAUUGAAAGCAAACACAGCUGAGUGGUGGCGACGCCUGUAUGGUCUGGAAGUGCUCCAUCCAUCUGAAAGAUAUGGACACAUGCUCUUGGGGUGGAUUUCAGGCAAAGAAGCAGAGUUUAUAGAAACACUCAGCGAUGAGGAAAUAUCAUCAAACAUCACCAGGGUUCUCAGACAAUUUACCGGGUUAUCAGUACCAGAGCCCAACAAUGUUUAUGUAACAAAAUGGUUCAGUAACCCAUAUAUUCAGGGCUCCUACUCUCAUAUAGCCGUCAAAUCAACUGGAGAUAUGAUUGACACACUGGCGAAGCCUCUGCCACAAGAAGGAGCUGACGGAUAUCCUAGCAAGAUGUUGCAGGUUUUAUUUGCUGGUGAAGCAACACAUCGAAGCUACCACAGCACCACUCAUGGAGCUCUGCUAUCUGGCUGGAGGGAGGCAGAUCGACUAAUUGCUCAUUACUCCACCAAUGAAGAACAAUAUCCUCAGACUGAAGGAUUGAUUUAA